UGGGGGGGGGGCGACAAAGCAGGGGCGAAGGGGCGAGGAGCUGGUCCGCACCAGACGCCAUGGGCUCCAGGAUCAAGGAAACACCCCCCAGCACAUUCGAUUGGUUCUUUGAGGCUGCCUGCCCUGCCUCCUUGCAGGAGGACCCCCCCAUCCUGAGGCAGUUCCCCAAGGACUUCAGUGACCAGGAUUCAAUUCAGAUGUUGCCUAAGUUCUGCUUCCCAUAUGAUGUGGAGAGAGUGACCCCCAGUCCCAUGGUACAACAUUUCACCUUCGUCCUCACCGACCUGGAUGGGAACCGGCGCUUCGGCUUCUGUCGUCUGGCUGGGGGCGCACUGAGUUGUCUGUGCAUCCUCAGCUACCUGCCCUGGUUUGAGGUUUUCUACAAACUGCUCAACAAUGUGGGGGACCUUUUAGCCAAGGGGCAGGUCAGCGAGGCAGAGGAGUUACUCUCUGCCCUCCAUCUGCACCCUGUUCCUGGGCCCCACUCACCCGUGGGGCUGGAGCUGGACCAACAGCACAGCAAACUGAAAAUCACCAGCUGCAGCUGCCCCCUGCCCCAGGGCCCUGGGGAGAGCCAGACACUCUCCUACUUCAUUGCCCCUGAUGCCAAUAGCCUGCCUUCCAUCCCAGAGAGCAGGAACCUGACAGAACUGGUGGUGGCCAUGACUCCGGAGAACAUUCUGCACCUGUACAGUUCCCUGCUCUGUGAGCGCCGCAUCCUACUCACAGCCAGCAAGCUCAGCACGCUGACCGCCUGCAUCCACGCCUCCGCCUCCUUGCUCUAUCCCAUGCAGUGGCAGCAUGUGUACAUCCCCACCUUGCCCCCGCACCUGCUGGACUACUGCUGCGCCCCCAUGCCUUAUCUCAUUGGUGUGCACUCCAGUCUCAUGGAGAGAGUGCGGGACAAGGCCUUGGAGGACGUAGUCUUCCUCAACGUGGACACCAAUACCUUGGAGUCACCCUUUCAGGACCUGCAGACCCUGCCCACGGAAGUGGUGUCACUGUUGCGGCUGCGCCUGCGGAAAAUGACUCUGGCAGCGGGGGAUGGGCUGGCCCGGGUGUUCCUGAGGGCCCAGGCCCUGCUCUUCGGGGACUACAGGGAUGCCCUCCUCUACACACAGGGGCAGCCCGUGACUUUCUGCGAGAAGAGGUUCCUGGACCUGAAGCCAGGGCCCCUACACACCUUCCGCCAGGCUGCCGUGCACCUGCAGCUCUUCAAACAGUUCAUUGACGGGCGGCUGGAGAGGCUCAAUGCUGGGGAUGGCUUCUCCGACCUGUUUGAGCAGGAAAUCACCAGGAGUGGGCUGGCCUCAGGCAGUAUGCGCUCCUAUCAGCUCUGGGCUGAGAAUCUGAAGAAAGGCGGUGGGGCCCUCCUUCACAGCGUGAAGACCCGGACCCAGCCAGCUGUCAAGAACAUGUACCGCUCUGCCAAGAGCGGGCUGAAGGGCAUGCAGAGCCGGCUGCUUUACAAGGAUGGUGACCCCCGCUUGCAGAGGGGUGGCUCCUUGCGGGGCCCACCCCCUGGCCUCAUGCCCAGCAACCGCUCUGAAUGCCUGCAGAGUCGCCUGCCCAUCACACAGCACUUCGGCCAGUCUCGGCCUCGGAGGCCAGCCCGGCGUUGUCAGCCCUGCAGCGAGCAGGGGCUGGAAGAGCAGGGACUGAGCUCUGCUGGGCUGCCCCUGGAGGAGGCAGGAGAGCUUCUGGGAGAGGAGCCACUAGAUAGCAGCUUCCUCGGUUCGGGGGAGCUGGACCUACUGGGAGAGAUCCUGGACAGCCUGAACCUGGGGACCCCAGAACCCAGGGAGGCCCGAGGGCUGCACAGCAGCCGCAGUCUCGACUGCUGCAACCUGGAGACUGGCAGCUAUUUCACUCCGACCCAGAGACUGGGGGCCCUGGGCUGGCCCCGCUGGCUCCUGGAGGAAGAGGAAGAGGAGGCACCAGAAUCCCAACUGCUUCCUCACACAGUCCUGCUGGCCGAGAGCCCCAGGCCCCUCCAGCCCCUCGAGAGCCCUUUAAAGCCCGGACUAGAGCCAGACUCAAGGCCGGAACCACAGCCAGAACCAGAACCACAACCUGAGCCUGAGCCCGUGCCCCAACCCGAACCCGUGCCUGAGCCCGUACCCGAACCCAAAAUCCUAAACACCCCCCAGCCUUCAGAGAUCUCGGCUUUCUCCCAGCACCCAACCUCCACCCUGCUUGGACCCCCAAGCCAGAGCCCUCAAAACAGUGGGAUGUGGAAUCGGGGGGUGGAGGACAGUCACUCGGCCCCUGGUGACAGAGAGCCCGAAAUCCUGGCCCUGCCCAGGGUGUCUGAGCUCAAGAAACGGUUUGAAAGUUAGGGAAUACAGCCCGGCUGCCUCCCCUCCUGCACCCCACCUGGUUUACAUCGCCCUUUGCUGCUGAGGCUGCCCCCCCAGGUAGCAGGAGU